CUUUGACUAAUACAAUUUUGCACCCUCGGUUUCUCCGAAUUAUAACCGACUAAACCGAUGGAAUUUAACCGGUUAAUUACGAUCCGGUUCACUGGUAAUCAAUGUUUUUUCUUUUGCUUCUUGGGUGGAUUCGGUUUCGAGCUCAGCAUCCAUUAGAGCCGAAGCUUCUGCUUCAAGAGAGCGGGAUAUGUAGAUCGUGUCAUCAUCUCCGGUUCGGAUAAGGAUCACGGCGAGUUGUUGGAACCUACUGAGAGUUCAUUUUAACUACGUAGUUCAAAUUGAGUUACUUAGCUUUUAAAUGAUUUGAAGCUAUAUGUUUUGGUGGAUUGUAGAUGCUAUUAGUUGACAAGUUAAGCUCAUGUCAGUACGGUCAGAGUUAAAACUCUCUUUCUACAGAUGUCAGUCGUAUCCGUCACGUAUCUAGCUGAAGAGUGAGUUCGAGAGAGAAAUGAUGAGAGGUGUUGAGAGAGUGAAGGAGUUUCUUAGACCCUUGGUUGAUUCCAGAGACUGGGACUUUUGUGUUAUCUGGAAACUCGGUGAUGAUCCUUCUAGGUUUAUUGAAUGGGUGGGAUGCUGCUGCAGUGGUAGUUAUACUGAUACGAACAUUAAGCAUGAAAAUGUGGAAGAAGAAGAAGAAGAAGAAGAAGAGAGACAAAAGAUGGGGUCUAUUUGCAGAGAUGAACACAACAAGCAUCAUAUAAGAAGCCUAUCUUGUGAAGCUCUUUCUCGUUUUCCUCUCUUCAUACCUCUCUAUCCCGGGAUUCAUGGAGAGGUAGUCAUGUCAAAAUCUCCCAAAUGGUUGGUUAAUUCAAGUCCAGGAUCUAAACAGGAUAUAUUCAGAACAAGGGUUCUUGUCCCUGUGCGUGAUGGUCUAGUUGAGCUUUUCUCCUUCAUGAUGAAACCAGUUGAUGAAAGCAUGGUUGAUCUGAUCAUAUCACGUUGUAACGCUUUCCUUGAACAGUCACUCCCAUGUUUGGUUAUGAACAAGGAAGAGGAUGUGGUGAUGCAAGACAUCAUCGACGGCAAAGCUAAUAAGAAGCUGACAGAGGAACACUUCAAAUCAAAGAAUCUUCAUUCAGAGAGAAAAAGAAGAGAGAGGAUUAAUCAGAGAAUCUAUGCUCUAAGAGCCUUAGUCCCUGUUAUUACAAAGAUGAAUAAAAAUGGAACUAUUAGUGAUGCGGUUGAUUACAUCAAUGAACUGCUAGUAGAGAAGCAGACACUUGAAGAUGAGCUGAGUGGAAUCAACGAGAUAGAAUGCAGAGCAGAGGAAGAAGCUGUAAGAGUUUCCUCAAAACUCAACAUGAAUGUGAACAACGAGGUGAAUCUUGAAGUCCACGAGACUGGUGAGGGAGAAUUCUUGAUUCGCGUAACGCAGGAGCAUAAACGAGAUGGAUUCAAGAGGUUGAUAGAAGCUGUAGAUUCUUGUGGACUUGAGAUCAUCAAUGUCAAUGUCACCAGACUCGAUCUCACAGUCAUGACCAUUCUCAAUGUUAAGGCGAAUAAAUACGGAAUUACACGUGAAGAUCUGAGAGAUUUGCUGUUCAAGAUGAUUAUAACUUCAGCUGCAGUGUCUGUAAAACACUGUACAUAACCAACCAAACAAAUGUUUUUUUUUUGCUUGAGCUACAAGUUACAGCUUAGAUCUGAUUCUCACAACUUUUUUGGUGACAAGUUUAUAUGUUGACACUAUAUUAAAAUGUGCAAAACAUCAACAUCUCCUUGUGAUGGAUUUUGGCUUUUUAAAUCCAUUUUGUUACAUAA